CCAGAAAAGGAGACGCCCAAGCCUAGUGUAUUUGAGGCACAGGGCGGAGGGACACAAGAUGGCAGAUCCUUGGGGGCAGGACUUCAUAUAAACAGCCCCUCCCCCUGUUGCCCUUCGCCCCAGGAAGGCAGCACGUGACUGGAGGGAAGUCAAUGCUCUUCGUACACUGUGAUUGUUUCAGCCCGAGCUUUGGCCCAAAUGUCUCGCUCUCCUCCCCCGCCGGCUCCUCAGCUCCCGCGCACUGUAUUGGGCACCAUGGAGUUCGGGAGACGGAUGGACGCGAGGAGCAGCGGGGAAGUGGUGCAGGAGUUCCUCGGGCGCGGGUAUGAAGAGUUGGACACCGCGCUAAUGUAUGCUGAGGGAGAGUCCGAGCGGAUACUCGGGAGAAUGCAACUUGGACCGCAAGCCAAAUUGGCAACCAAAGCAAAUCCCAGGGAAGGGAAGACUCUGAAGCCCGAGAGCGUGCGCCAACAACUGGAGACGUCUCUUCAGCGGCUUCAGACUCCCAGUGUCCACCUGUUCUACCUGCACUCACCUGAUCACCAGACUCCUGUAGAGGAGACACUUGCUGCCUGCCAACAGCUGUACCUGGAGGGCAAGUUUAAGGAACUGGGUCUGUCCAAUUACGCUGCUUGGGAGGUGAUGGAAAUUUACUGCAUUUGCAAACACAGGAAUUGGCUGCUGCCCACGGUGUAUCAGGGAAUGUACAAUGCAAUCACAAGACAAGUGGAGUCGGAGCUUGUGCCCUGCCUGAGGCAACUAGGAAUGAAGUUCUAUGCCUACAACCCGCUGGCUGGGGGGCUGCUGACGGGGAGGUACAAGUACGAAGAUAAAGACAAAGAACAGGCCACGUGCAGAUUUUUUGGAAACAGAUGGGCAGAAGUCUACAGGAACAGAUACUGGAAGAAACAUCACUUUGAUGCCAUUGAUCUGAUGCAAAAGUCCCUGCAGGAAACAUACGGGUCAGAGAAACCCAGUCUGACAUCUGCCGCUCUCCGAUGGAUGUACCACCACUCAAUCCUGCAGGGUAAUGUUGGAGAUGCAGUUAUCCUGGGAAUGUCCAGUAUGGAUCAGUACCUGCAGAACAUGGCUGGGCUGGAAGGGGGUCCCCUUCUCCCACCAGUUGUAGCAGCUUUCAAUGAAGCCUGGAAUCUGGUUGCCCACGACUGUCCUAAUUAUUUCCGCUAAGUGAAGCCCAAGCGCUGGAGUAGUGGUUAUCUGAUCUGACUGCCCAACUGCUGAUACUCAGGGAUUUGUACUAAAGUAAAGUGGGACCUGGGUAGAUCGGUAGAACCUCAAAACCAAACCCCAGACCCAUUAGUUGUUGAUUACAAGCUGGAAAGCUCAAUAAAUAGUUUCUAA